AUGGCAACUUCACCUACCAUCUCCACGGAUACCUCGCCAACUCUCUUAAAAGCCAACCUCAACCCUAGCCCCAAAGCCAAAUCUAAAUCCACUUCCACAACAACCACCACAACCACCACCACCACCACCUCAAACUCACCGACAACGAUCCCCCCAACCCUCCAAAAGUCCCUCCACCGCAUCUCCCUCCACCCGACCCUAACUCCCUACCGCAGACGUGUCUAUCGUGUCCUCCUCUCUGUACCCCCCGGCCGCUGGACCACCUACUCCGCGCUAGCAACAUACCUUAACUCCAGCGCGCGGGCUGUGGGUAACGCGAUGCGCACGAACCCGUUCGCCCCUGAGGUGCCCUGUCACCGCGUGUUGGCGGCUGAUGGCUCGUUGGGUGGGUAUAAGGGGGAGUGGAGGGUUAGCAAGCAUAUUGCUGGAGGAGGGUUUCAGGAGGAGAAGAUUGCUAGGUUGAAGGAGGAGGGGGUGGAGUUUGAUGGGGCAGGGAAGGCAGAGGGGACUUGUUUUAGGGAGUUUCGAGAUUUAGGUAUUAAGGGGAAAGGGGAGGUAGUUUGA